AUGCUGCUAGAAGCCCAAAAAUUAAGCGAGAAAGGAGAAACGGUUUUUAUUGAUACUUAUUAUGAUAAGUUAUUAUAUUAUUACAUUGAUAAAUAUUGUAUGCGUUGGUUAAUUUCUCCUUCCGACCGCUAUUUUUUGGUGAUGAAACAAAUUGCCGAAAUUGAUAAGGAUGUAUUGCCGGAUGCUGAUAUUGCGGUUUUUUUUGAAGUGGAUAAAGGGAGUUGGCUUAAUGCUUUGAAAAGUCGAAAUCGUUCCACUGAUAAUGACGAGGAAUUUUUAAAAAAUUUUGAAACCCAAAAAUUUCUCUUAGAAGCCACUAAAAAACUAUGCGAGGAAAAAGGUAUUCAAUUAAUUGUUUUCCCGCGAGAUAAUUCCUCGCCCGAGGAUUCGGCAGCCAGUCUGAAAAAUCAUUUGGAGGAAAAAAUAGUUAAAAAAUAA